AUGUGUGGCAUCCUCGGCGUUAUUCACGGCAACCCGUCGUCGCUCGACGCUGCCGCUGAGAUCCACCAGGCUCUAUACUACCUGCAACAUCGUGGUCAAGAUGCUUGCGGUAUUGCCGCCUGUACCCGCAAUGGUCGCAUCUACCAGUGCAAGGGCAAUGGUCUCGCCGCAAAGGUCUUCCACGACGGUUCCCGCGUCGCUGACCUCCCCGGCUUCAUGGGAAUUGGUCACUUGAGAUACCCAACUGCUGGCAGCAGCGCAAACUCGGAAGCCCAGCCUUUCUACGUCAACAGCCCCUACGGUAUUGCUCUCACUCACAACGGCAACUUGGUCAACGCCCCUGAAUUGAGAGAGUACCUCGAUCAGGUCGCUCACAGACACAUCAACACGGACAGUGACAGCGAGCUUAUGCUGAACAUCUUCGCCAACGAGUUGAACGAGACCAAGAAAGCAAGAGUCAACGCCAGCGAUUGUUUUGCUGCUCUUGGCCGUAUGUACAAGCGUUGUUCCGGCGGUUGGGCCUGCACUGCCAUGCUCGCUGGAUUUGGCCUUAUUGGUUUCCGUGACGCCUACGGCAUCCGCCCAAUGGUCCUCGGCUCCAAGCCUUCGGACGACGGUAUUGGUACCGACUACAUGAUGGCCUCUGAAUCCGUUGCCUUAUCGCAGUGUGGCUACAAGAACAUCAUUGACAUCAAGCCUGGACAGGCUGUCAUCAUUGAGAAGGGCAAGGAGCCUGUCUUUUCCCAAGUCGCAGAGGAAUUGAACUACGCCCCCGAUAUUUUCGAAUACGUCUACUUUGCUCGUCCUGAGUCCGUCAUUGACGGCAUUUCAGUUCACCGCAGUCGUCAACUCAUGGGCUACCGCCUUGCCGAGACCAUCAAGCAGCAACUCACUCCCGAACAGCUCGCAAGCAUCGACGCCGUCAUCCCCAUCCCCGAGACCAGUCUGAUUUCUGCCUAUGCCGUGUCCAAGCACUUGAAGAUCCCUUACUGCCAGGGCUUUGUCAAGAACCGCUACAUCUUCCGUACUUUCAUUAUGCCAAACCAGAAGGCUCGUCAAAAGGGUGUCCGCGCUAAGCUCAACGCCAUUCCUAUCGAGUUCCAGGACAAGAACGUGCUUCUUGUCGACGACAGUAUCGUUAGAGGUACUACAAGUCGCGAGAUUGUGCUCAUGGCCAAGGAGGCCGGUGCCAAACAGGUCUUCUUCGCCAGUUGCGCUCCCCCAAUUACCUACGCCCACAUCUACGGUAUCGAUCUCGCUUCAUCUUCGGAGCUGAUCGCCCACCACAGCAGCUCUCAGGACAUUGCCAGGAAGAUUGGUGCUGAUGCUGUUGUCUACCAAUCGCUCAAGGAUCUUGAAGAGUCUUGCGCAGAAGCUAGUCCCCGUCCGGACCAAAAGUUCGAAGUUGGUGUCUUCUGCGGCACAUAUGUCACUCCAGUCAGCGACGACUACUUUGAGCAUCUCGAGCGCAUGCGUGGAGAUGCAAAGAAACUUAAGGUCAUGGAGAGCGCACGUGAGGCUGUCAGGCAAGGUACUGCUGGCGAGGAGGAAGUGCGCAUGGCGGCGAGCGGCGUCAAAGUCGACCGCCAGGGCAACGUCGUCCCUGCCGACGAGGGCACCAGCGCACAAGCAACAGCCGUCAGCAAGAUUACCGCCGACGGCGAGAAGGAGGAGAAAAGACCCAAUGAUGGCUUGAUGCACCGUGGUAGCCAGGACGUCUCUCUGCACAACUUGAACGAUUAUUAA